AUUGUGUGAUUUGAAUGUAUUACAUAUAAGUUGUUCACCCAUAACAGGGAAGCUCAGACUCUGCACAAAAAGUUAACUACGAAUGGAUAGCCUGAAUACCCCAUACGAAUCGUCUUCUCUGUCUCUUCCUCUUUCUGCAAAUACUAAGAUACCUGAUAGAGUCCCGAUGGUUUUGAGCAGAUUCAUGUAGAAAGUUAGAUAAUUUGGUGUUGAUUAAAAUCUCUAGCCAUCAAAAGUCGGUUCUUCUGGGGUUGAUAUAUGAAUAUAUUUCUAUCAGUAAGAUAUUGAUGGGGGCAUUCUUAAGUUCAAAUUAUUCCAGGGCUGGAACGAGUGAGCCCUUAGAGGUUUCACAAAAUGAAACAUGCAAGAGGCAGAAGUUGUCAACAUGUCUUUGUGAUGAGAAUCCAAGAUUGAUUCCCUGCCUUCCUGAUGAGGUAUCCUAUCAGAUUCUUGCUCGAGUUCCAAGGAUUAAUUACUUGAAUGCGAAGUUAGUGUCUCGAUCCUGGAAAGCUUCCAUCAUGAGUUCUGAGCUUUUCAAUAUUAGGAAAGAGCUUGGAACAACAGAGGAAUGGCUCUAUAUAUUGACUAAGAAUGAAGGAGAAAAGCCUUUGUGGUAUGCCUUGGACCCUUUGUCAAGAAGAUGGCUUAGAUUCCCUCCAAUGCCCAACGUUGCUUCUGAAGAUGAAUCCAGGAAAGGUUUAAAUGGCCUUCGAAUGUGGAAUGUGGUGGGCUCAAGCAUAAAAAUUGCUGAUGUCAUAAGGGGAUGGCUUGUCAGGAAGGAUGCAUUGGACGGUCCAUCAUGUGGGUGUGCAAUUGGUGCUGUUAACGGAUGCCUCUAUGUGUUAGGAGGAUUCUCUAGAGCUUCAGCCCUUAGAUGUGUUUGGCAGUAUAAUCCAGUUCUAAAUUCCUGGAGUGAAGUAUGUCCAAUGUUAACUGCUAGGGCCUACUGUAAGACUGGCAUCCUAAAUAAUAAGCUCUAUGUUGUCGGAGGGGUUACCAGGGGUCCUGGUGGAUUAACCCCACUUCAGUCUGCUGAAGUAUUUGAUUCUCAUACAGGUAUAUGGUCUCAAAUACCAAGCAUGCCAUUUUCAAAAGCUCAGGUUCUACCCACUGCCUUUCUGGCUGAUCUACUCAAACCCAUUGCCACGGGACUGACAUCAUAUAGGGGAAGGUUGUUUGUGCCACAAAGUUUAUAUUGCUGGCCGUUUUUUGUUGAUGUUGGAGGGGAGGUAUAUGAUCCAGAGGUAAAUUCAUGGGUCGAAAUGCCGGUGGGUAUGGGUGAGGGUUGGCCUGCAAGACAGGCAGGAAUGAAAUUAAGUGUCACUGUGGAUGGCGAGUUGUAUGCGCUUGAUCCGUCUAGUUCUCUUGAAAGUGCCAGGGUCAAGGUAUAUGAUUACCAAGAUGAUGCUUGGAAAUUUGUAGUUGGAGAGGUCCCCAUUCCUAACUUUACGGAUUCAGAAUCUCCAUAUUUACUUGCUGGUUUACUAGGAAAGCUUCAUGUGAUUACUAAAGAUGCCAACAACAAUAUAUUGGUCCUGCAGACUGAUGUCCGAAACCAUUGUACCUCUCUAUCACCAGCUUCUUCCGACAUGCAUGCUGAGUCUGCAGAGUCUGCAGCUGGAUUAGACAUGGAUAUUUGGAGGGUUGUUGCCACAAGGACAGCUCGAUGUUUUGAACUAGUAAGUUGUCAGACCCUUAGUAUCUAGUACCACCAUCAGGGUACUUUGGGAUCUCAGUUGCCAUCAGCUUUCCAAAACAGUGGUUCAUACAAUAGUCUGUUCUGUUUCUAUUGCCCCUAUCUAUUUUACCAGGAAGAUUGAUUCUGCAAGCUCGGAAUUAUCUUUGUUCUUGCUUUAUUACCAUAUUUCAUGAAUUGUUUAUUUUUUUAAUCUCUAUUGACAGCACAGUAUCUUCUUUAGUCAUUGUUAUGAUGUGAGAAUGAUGCUACUAUUUAUUAUUGAUGUCAACUAACCAAUUUAUCUUGA